AUGGCGCCGAAAUUGGAUGCAAGGGGGAAGCCUGUUGAUCCAAAGGCUAGGAACCAGGCGCCUCCAGUGCCCCAGGUUUCCUUCCUUGACCGUGCCUUCCCGCUAUGGCUGGAACCUGGAAAGGAAAAGGACGAAAAGGAGGCACCCGCCCAACCCAACGAGAAAUAUGAGGACAUUGCGGGGCUUGCGCUGCCACCGGAGACCCAGAUGUUUCUAGACACCUGGAAGCGGCCUGAGGAGCUGGUGCUUAACUCCCCGGACGUGCCCAUGGUGCUCACGAUGCCGCUGCAGCAGCAGCCUGAAAUGGCAGGGGCUCGCGAAUCCAGGGGCAAGAACGCGCCUGUAGUAACCUCGCGGGAGCUGGAGGGCACGCUGUCCGCAGGGCACCGCACAUUUGACUGGCUCCAGGCGGUGUUUGUGAUGGUCAUCUCGGCGCAGAAAGCCGUGAAGCCUGGCGAGUACCUGUGGGAGCUCAUCUACCCCAAGGAUAAGGACGGGCAGGCCACCAAGUCCCAGAAUGGCAAGUACAAGAUCAAGCUCUUCAUCAUGGACGCCUGGCGCACGGUGUUCGUGGACGACCGCAUUCCCGUCGACCUCUUUGGCCGGCCGCUGCUCGUGAACGCGCGGCCCAUCCAGCUGUGGCCAUUGCUUCUGAGCAAGGCCGUGCUCAAGGUGCUGGCGGCGCAGCGCAUCCUGCACUGUGGCCUGCCGCACCAGGCCGCCGCCUUUCAGCUGCUCACUGGCUGGCCCCAGGAAGACUUGUUGGACCCCCUUUCCGGCACGCGGUUAUCGGGCGGCCGCGCAUUCGACCGCUUGGAGGACGCAGUUCGCGGCAAUGAAGAACGCGCAGCACGCCACGCGGUAGCGGCCGUCACGCUGAUAAAGCGCGCUCUGCCGACGCGGCCCCCGCCGCGAUUAAUCGUGCUGGUGGGGCCAUCAGGCGUGGGGCGCGGCGCGCUGCUGCGGCGCCUGGUGAACGAGCUCCCUGACAAAUUUGGCCUGACGGUAUCGCAUACCACGCGGCCGCCGCGUGAGCAUGAGGUAUCUGGCUCAGAUUACUUCUUCAUGGAGGUGACGGUGUUUCGAGAGGAGGCAGCAGCGGGGCGGCUUCUGGAGUCCGCACCCGUGCCAUCGACGCGCGGCACGCACCUGUAUGGCACCAGCUUCGCCACCGUGCGUGAGGUGGCGGCGACGGGCAAGCUGUGCCUCAUGGGCCUCGACGUGCAGGGCGUCCGCAGUCUGCGUGCCAACAAGCGCAUUGACGGGCUGUACGUGUUCGUGGCGCCUCCCUCCCUGGAGGAGUUGGAGCGGCGGCAGCGCGCACGGCUCAAGGAGGCGGAGUCCACGAUUGCAAAGCGUCUGGCGUGGGCCGCCAGCGAGAUCGAGCGGUCGCAGCCUGGCGGCGGCGUCAUCGACAACGUGGUUGAGAAUGUGGACGACUCGGAGGCCGUGUACUUGGACGUGAAGGAGGCCAUCUCCACGCUGUCGCCCAUCAUCCGCAACAGGCUACACGGCCUGCCGGCCUACGUGCUCGACUACGCGGAUCUCAUCGCGCCCAACCUGGUGGAGAAGCCCUUCCUUAAGCCGGUGGUCAUCACGGGCCCAACCACAGGUGAGCGGCGAGCCAUCAUGGAACAGCUGGUGCACGAGUUUCCCGACGUGUUCGCCUACCCGCGCUACACCACAACUAAGCCGCACCACGAGGAGGCGCUGUACCGAGUGGAUGCGCCCGAACCCCCGGAGCAGCCGCAAUGGGAGGUCAUCAAAAGCAAGGACGGGGAGGACGUGCACGUAUCCCGGCCUACCCACGCGUCCGUCCCGCCGUCAGAGUUCACGGCUUCCGCCCAGGCUGGGACCUUCUUGGAGUGGCACACGGACCUGUUCAAGCACCCGCUGGUGGCCCGGCAGUGGGGUGUCACGGCGGAGGCGAUCAAGGAGGUCAUCCGUGCGGGCCGCCUGCCGCUCAUCGAGUGCGAGACGGAGGGUGCAGAGAUGCUGAAGAAGCGUGGCAUUGACUGCCUGACCAUCUUCCUCAAGCCGCCCAGCGUGCAGGUCUUCGAGGCGCGCCUGCGGCAGUAUCUCACAGAAACCGAUGAGGAAAUCGCCGCACGCAUCGACAUGGCGCGACGUGAGAUGGAGGCUGCCUCCGCGCCCGGGAAUCCCUUCGACGCCAGCAUCGUCAUCGACGACCCGCAAGCCGCUUACGACCAGCUCACCCGCCUCAUCAGCCGAUGCCGCCCAGACAUCAUCGUGCCGGAGGAGGAACGCCAGGCUGAGCCGCCGCCGCCGCCCAAGCAGCCUGUGCUGGUGCUGUGCGGCCCUGCCGCCGGCGGGCGUUCCGCACUCGCCAAGCAGCUCAUUAGCACCUUCCCUGACAAAUUCACCGCGCCAGGGCUCACAACGGAUCGGAAGCCCGGCAAAGGCGAGGUCAGCACCCCAGCGCUUACCUUCGUCGCGCCCAAGGACCUGAGCCGCAUGGCCGCAGAGGGCCAGAUUGCGUACCAGCGCGCCGGCGACGACAAAGGCUCCGGCAACAUCGCCAUAUCCAAUGCGGCACUGCUGCGCGUGGCGGCGGAGAACAAGGUAGCGGUGAUGGAGGUGCCGGACUACAUCACCGCGCUGCCGACGCUGCGGAACGGAACGGUGUUGAAAGACGCGUUGUACGUUUUUGUGGCGAGCCCGGGGCAGCUGCGCGAGGCGUUGGAGAUGCAGCAGCGGGAGGCUCUUGCCCGGAGCAAGAGCGUCAAGGGCGGCGCGGCUGUGCCCGGGGCCAAGGGCCCGGGACUUGCGGCUCCCUUGGAUUUGGAGGGGGCGCUUGCGGACCUAGACCAGCAGGCGCAGAUUGCCUCCUCCGCUGCCUCGGCGGAUUUGUACGACGUCGUCGUGCGUGCAGACGAGAUGAUUGACCUCAUCAGCACUGUACGCAUUGCGCUGGCGUCCCACGUGCCGCACGUUGUACCGCAGCCGUACCGCCCGCUAGUGCUGGCAGGCGCCUUCGGCACCGGCAAGCGCAAGCUCCUCGCGCGUCUGUUCGACGCGUUGCCUGGCCGCUUCGCCGUGCCCGUCAUAACCACGACCCACCAGCCGGGUCCCAACGAUCCUGACCCCGCACGCGAGGGCAUGGUGGUGGUGGAUCGCGCCGAGGCGGAGGCCAUCAUGGCAGCCGAAGGCUUUGCACUGCACAAGGAAGUUAUGGGCGAUGUGUACGGCACAGAGCUGGCGGCAGUGAAGAAGGUGGCGGCCAGCGGGCGGGUGCCCAUAUUGGAAGUGGACCACGUGGCGGAUGCAGUGGAGCUCCGGCGGCGAGGCUUUGACGCCACGUACAUGUUUGUGGGCAUGGAGGACAUGGGCAAGCUGCUGUCGGUUAUACAAGAGGAGCUUUCCUCCAACCCUCCGCUGGGCUACGAGCUGCAAGAUGCCGUCAACCUGUUCUUUGCCACCGCCAAGGCCGAGACACUCGCCUCGCGUGAGGAAGGCGUCUUCGACGAGUGGGUGGUCCAUGCACCCGACGCGCCGGAUCCCUCCUUCAUCCGCCUAGCCGAGGCCGUACACCGCCACUACCCCGAUGUCGUCACGCGGCACUUCGUGUGGGGCUACGGCCGGCAGCUGUGGGACCUCUCAGUUCGUAGCCACGGGCUGCGGCCCCUGUGUGUCAUGGUUCUGGGCCCUGCUGCCGCUGGCAAGAGCACGCUGUGCGACAUGCUGGCGGGACAUUUUGGCAUGCCGCAUGUCAACGUGGGUGACCUCAUCUUUGAGGAGGUACGGCAGAGAACUGCGCUGGGGUUGGAGGCCAAGGAGUACAUGGACGCCAGCAAGACUGUGCCGGACAGGAUCUUCUUUGCUGUGCUCCGCACACGUCUGGCCGAGCCGGACUGUGUGGCACGCGGCUGGGUGUUGGACGGCUUCCCACACACACGUAACCAGUGUGCAGAGCUUGAGGAGAUGGGCAUUAUUCCAGAUAAGGUGCUGUUCCUGGAGGGUGAGCACGCCACGCUGCUGGACCGCACCCGCUACCGUCGCUACGACCCUGUCACGGGCAAGGUGUACCAUGUGCCGGAUGAGGGCGUGGAUGCACUCAGUCCGGCAAUCAUACCGGAGAAGCCCGACGGCACCCCGGACGCGGAGGUCAUGGCCAGGCUGGUGAGCCGCCACGACGACAGUGAGGAGAACGUGAUGGCGCGUCUGAAGCUGGCAGAUGACCACUACGGGGCGCUGCGGGACGCGUUCGCGGACAUCUCGUUGCGGCUCAGCAGCACCUCCGACCCGCGCCAGCUCUUCCAACGCGCCCUGGACUACCUGACACUUGAGGCCAGGAUGCCCGAGCUGCAGGUCAUCCCCUCCACCUCGCUUAAGGAGCUGCAGUACCUGGUGGCCGCCACCCUGCGAUACCGGCGGCGGCAGCUGCUGCAGCUGCAGCAGGAUGACGGUCGCCUGUAUUGGGUGGACGCAACGGAGGUGCUGGGCAGCAACGCAUACUGCGCGCUGCUGUGCCAGGACCCCUCCAUCUUCGCCACCUCCCACCAGCUCCGCCGUGUGGACACCAACAAGCUCUCCCGCGUGGCGCUGCUGUACGUGGACUCUCCUGAGCCAGUCAAGCUGCUGUCCUCCCUCUUCACAGGCCCCCAGUACGGCCUUAUGGAGGACCCGCCCACGCCACGCAACGUGCUGGUGCUGUCCGGCCCCGCUGGCGUCGGCAAGUCCACGGUACUCCGCAUGCUUCUUCGAGCCCUGGGGACGCAGUUGGAGCUGGUUCCGGUGCUUACUUCCCGGCCGCCGCUGCGGAGGGAGCCCAGCACGAAUGUAACGCUGCGGCCGCCGGCGGCGGACGGCACGGGUGGCGAGGUUGCGGAGGGCCGGGCGGGGCUGGGGCCUACGGGCCGCGAGCCGCUGGCCACGGCCUGCUGCGUCAGUACUGAGGCGCUAGAUGCCGCGGCGGCGUCAGACCUGCUGCUGGGUGUAUGCGAGGGCUGGGAUGGGCAUCGCUACGGCGUACCGCGUGCGGCGCUGCAGGCCGCCUGGGCUGCCGGCAAGUUGGCGGUAAUCGAGGCCCCGCUGGAGGUGGCGCUGGCUCUGCGGGAGCUGGCGUCGCAGCAGAUCAUCUUCACGUCUCCACCGGCUACACCGUCAGGCCCUCACUCUACCGCUGGCACAGGAACCGGGACCGGCGCGCUGGACAUCGCCGCCGCCGCCGGCGGGCCCGAUGGCGGCGCCGCUGGGGCGGUCCUGACGCCGCGUGUGGUAUACCUGACGGCGGAGCUCUCCGACCUGGACAUACGGCUGCGGAUUCAGGAUCAGCGUGAGGAGUCGGCGGUGGGGCAGUGCCUGGAGGCAGCGCAGCGCGAGGCGGCCAUGGUGCAGCGGUUGAUCAAGGCGGCGGAGUCGCCAACGCCCGUGUCCAAGUCAGCUUCGCGGCUGAGCACGCCGCAGUCGCGGGUCCCGACCCCCGCGACUCCGCAGACGGGCAAGCCCGCCACGCCACUGCGGCAGGGCGGCCCGCCGGCCCAGCUGCCGCUGGACCUCAUCCUCACCGACACAGACCCGGUGGUUUCCUUCCAUGCCGCCAAGCAGCUCGCUGCCGACAACUGGCGUCGGCCGCGUGCGCAGGCGCCCGGGCAGCUGGUGCUGGAGGCCUAUGACUGGCGCUCCCCAGGUGGCCGCCCCGGCCGCACGGUGCAGCGCCUACGCACCCUCAUGGCCAAUGCCGCCCUAUUGGAGCUGCCAAGGGGCAAGCACCUGCUGCGCAUCAACUCCGACCCGUUGUUCCUCCACGCGGUGACGUUCAUGUCGGCGAGCCCUUGCACCGUCGGCGAGUACAACCAGGUCAUGCCGAUGCACGACUCAGCCGUACACGUGGCCUCGCAGGAGGGCCGCCACCCCGACAUGCCUCCUGACUCUUUGGGUCUGCUGUUCCGAUACAACCUGAACCCCACGGACCGAGCAACGGUGGCCGCGCACCUGUCGAUCAACGGCGAGGACAUGCGCGCGGCGACGCGGCUGUUGCUUGUGGAUAGAGCUUCCGGGGAGGCGAAGUUGCUGCCCGGCAACCGGCUACAUGCGACAGAGCUGGCACCAGCGCCUUCGGCAUCAGCUGCCAGUGGCGGCAGCGGUGCGACGGCGGGCGGCGGCUACUGCCUCAUGGCGCUGUACGACACGUCGACCCGGGGCGUGGCGGAAGAGGGUAACUACUGCCUGACUGUGACGUCGACGGGGCCACUGCCUGCGGCGGUGCUGUCGGAAGUGCCGUCGGCCCGCAGCGAUGAAUUCGUUGAGACAUACCGGCCCAACGCAAGGCUUGUCCUCGGUCGCACCGCCAUCACCACCACUAACACCUGCCAGGUGGCCAUCCUGGCCACCACGGAGCCUCGUCUCCCAUUCAGGAUGACGCUGCAGGAGGCCCCGCCGGGACGGGAAAUCACGUGGCUGGCGUCCGUCGAUUACCCCGUGCUGGCGUCGUCGUCCAGCAACGAGGGCGUGGGCCUUGCCAUGGCGGAGGGCCCCGCUGCGACGCCUGAGGGCUAUGCGCUCAUUCCCGACGCGACCCUCAAGCCGGGCAAGUACCUGAUUGCAUGCACAAUCGACGCCAAGGCAUGCCCCGUGGGAAUGCAGCCCGACCCGCGGACUGGAGCCAUGCCUGGCGGCAAGCCGAUCAAGCUGAAGGUCUGGGUGCACCCCUCCGCGGACGAGAAGGUUGUCACCGUAAUUUCGGACAAUAGCCUAGCCCGUUACGUGCAGGGCGUAUAUGACAAAUGGAACGCAGCGCCGGUGCAGCUAAUCGCGCAGCCGCCGGCGGGGACCGUGACGUCGGGCAAGGGUGGCAAGGGCGGCAGCGCCACCGCCGCCGGCAAUGCGCCGGCUGACAACAAGAAGGCCUACGUUGGCAGCCGCUCCUCCAUAGCGGCGGCGAUCCUUGAGAAGUACAAGGCGGAGCAAGUGCAGCAAAAGCAGCCGGAGCAACAGCAGCAGGCCGUUGCGGGUGGGGACGAAGGGACGCCCGCCGGCAUCGAGGACGGUGCACCGGCGGCACCGCCCGGGACCGUGUCGCGUGUGCUUAAGGACGGCAGCGUGCUUAACCUGGACCCCACGGCCCAGCUGCAGGUACUACGGGAUCAGCCCCCGGUGCGGCUGACGGCGGCGCAGCUGGCGGGACGGCAGACCAGCGCCAUGGCGGCUGCCGCCGAUGGCGCGGUCCGAUUGGAGAGCGUUGGAAAGGCGCUGGAGGCGAGCAAGGGUGAACGCGCGGGCUUUCGAGCUCGGCAGGCCAGCAACUUUGCGGAGUGGCGUGCAUCCAUGGUGCGGGCACAGCGGGAGGCGGCCAGCAGGAGAGCGGAGGUGUUGCAGAGCAUCAAAGCGGGGGUGGGGAUAGAGGGGCCUGGCGCAAAGAGCUAA